CGAGAGAGGUCGCGCAUGACAAACAACACCGCGAUCGCCAAACUUAGCGUGAUCUAAGGGCGGAACACAAGAGCGGAGGAUGGAGCUGGCGGGCCACAGUGCCGUCCUCCUGAGCCAGCUCAACGCGCAGCGGGAGUUCGGCUUCCUGUGCGACUGCACCGUGGCCAUCGGUGACGUCUUCUUCAAAGCGCACAAGGCCGUGCUGGCCGCCUUCUCCAACUACUUCCGAACGCUCUUCGUGCACCAGGACAGCGACUGCGUUCGCCUGAAGCCGGCGGACAUCCAGCCGGAGAUCUUCAGCUUCCUGCUGAACCUGAUGUACACGGGCCGGCUGUCCCCGCAGGUCAUCGAUCCGCUGCGGCUCGAGCAGGGGGUCAAGUUCCUGCAUGCCUACCCUCUCCUACAGGGCGUGGGCCAGGUCGUCCCCACGGCCCCCUUCCACCCGGGGUUGGGUACCCCCCUGGCCUCAUCCCCCUACGGGAUACAGAUCUCAGAUCAGCCCAGCUGGGUCUUGUCAUGGAGGCAGGUCUCCUCCCCCACCAAGUCAGACCAAUCAGGUUCUAAAGGAGCAGCUGGUGAGCCCGGGUUGGCCCACUCCCCUGUCGAAGGCGUGGCCCGUGCAAACCCAUCUGCCACUGAGCACCAGGGCCCGGUAGCGCCCGCCACGCCGUACGGCAGGUCCGGUGCGGUGAGAAAGAGGAGGGCCUCUGGCCGUAGGCACCACCCCUGCCACCUGUGCAGGAGCGUCUUUGGCCAGAGGAGCGGGCUGAGGGAGCAUCUGCUGCUACACGCCCAGGUGCUACUGCAGGCCCAGGCGCUGCUCCCCACGGCGGGGGCGGGGUCGCUGGAGUCCAGCACGCCCGGCGCCUCACCAGGAGGCUCCGCCCCCUCACCCGGAGGCCCCACCCCCGAGCAGAGCGCCCGCGACGUCAUCGUCGUCAGCGACGGGGAGCUGCCGCCGCCCGCCGACUCCCCCGGGACGGAGGCGGGGGAGACCCCGUCCCCCUCGGACGCCGCCGACGUCCCGGAGGGCGGAGACCCGGGCCGCGAGGCCCCGCCGCGACGCAGGUACGAGUGCUCCACCUGCGGCCGCAGGUUCAUCCAGAAAAGCCACUGGCGCGAGCACACCUACAUCCACACGGGAAAGCCCUACCGUUGCGCCGCCUGCGGCAAGAGCUUCUGCCGGGCCAAUCAGGCGGCCCGCCACGCCUGCGCCGGCCAGACCGACCAACCCUGCGCCAACGACGACGGCAGCCAGGGGGAGGCGCCCUUCCUCGCGGCUGCCGGACCUUACAAGUGCAACAUGUGUGAAGCUGUUCUGUCCACCCCCGGUGAGAUCCUCAGACACCCCUGCUUUACCCAGAAUGCAGCAGUCCACGCCGGGUGGGGCAACUGGAGGGCGGUGGCUGGUGAGGGACUUCCGAAAGAUGACGAAUCAGACUGCUCAAAUUCAGAACCCUUCAUCAGACCUGUUAAAACUGAGAAAAUUUUACCUGAAUAG